GCGGAAGCAUUUCCCAAUAUGUUGUGUCAAUUUUUAUACCUUAUAUAUGAUAUAAAAGAGAAUAUAACGCGCCUCGACUGUGCCUUUACUAAAAAAUAUAUAUAUGUAUAAUUGUGCCAAUUUAAAAUAAUUGUUGCGCAUUAUAAGACCAAACCAGCCGUCACGAACGUCCGGAAUUAACGGGUAGUAUGUGGCAGCGGCUAAUUCUGCUAGCUUGUUCAGGUGUAGCUGUUAGAAGAUGCCUCUGAAAUUAAGGAAGGAGCACAUUUGGUAGGUGUUGACAGCUGACAAACCCGACCUGCCAACCGGCGAGGGUGGCUUUUAUUUGCAGUACCUGCCUCUCAGGUAGUUUUUAAGCCGGAAAAAAGGGUGGGGGCGGAGUCAAGGCCUCACACAGGGGAUAGGAGAGAUGCCUUUGGAGGGCGGAAGCAGCAGUGGCUCAGCUUCAGCCGCACGUCACCCCAAGCAGAAGCGUAAGGCACACAGUUUGUCCAUCAGGCGCACCAACAGCACAGAGGAGAGGCCACCUGGCAUCCUGAGAGGAGAAAUGCUGGAGGGACAGGACUCCAAGCUGCCUCUUGCUGUGCGGAACAACCUCCUUGACCUGUUUGGCCAGAUCGAACGGGAGUUUGAGAAUCUGUACCUGGAGAACCUUGAAUUGCGCCGGGAAAUUGACUCCCUCAACGAGCGGCUGACUGGAGAUGGGCAGGCAAUCGAGGGGGGAGACCCCACCAAGGGAGCCCUAAAAGCAAAAGCCAGCCACAGCACCAGUCAGCUGUCACAGAAGCUGAAGACGACCUACAAAGCCUCCACCAGCAAGAUAGUCUCCAGUUUUAAGGCCACCUCAGGGUCCCGCGCUCUGUGCCAGCUGCUCAAGGAGUACAUCGGCCAUCGGGAUGGCAUCUGGGACCUCGGUGUCACCCGGACACAGCCGGUGGUGCUUGGCACCGCCUCUGCUGAUCACUCCGCUCUGCUGUGGAGUAUAGAGACUGGGAAAUGUCUGCUGAGGUACGCUGGCCAUGCAGGAUCAGUCAACUCCAUCAAAUUUCACCCCACUGAGCAGAUGGCGCUCACAGCCUCCGGAGACCAGACGGCUCACAUCUGGCGCUACAUGGUGCAGCUCCCGGCCCCGCAGCCGCCGCCAGAUGUCAGCGCUCCGUGUGACGACGACCAGGACUCGUCCGACAGAGAGGAGGGGGAGGUGGAUGGAGACGGCCCCUCUGAGGUCCCCACCGUCCGAGUUGCUACAGCAACCCUGAAAAGCCACCAAGGUGUGGUGAUCGCAGCCGACUGGCUGGUUGGAGGCCGGCAGGUGGUGACCGCUUCCUGGGAUCGAGCCGCCAACCUGUACGAGGUGGAGACGUCUGAGCUGGUUCACACACUGACCGGCCACGACCAGGAGCUGACCCACUGCUGCACCCACCCCACCCAGCGAUUGGUGGUCACUUCAUCCAGGGACACCACCUUCAGACUGUGGGACUUCAGGGAUCCGUCCAUUCACUCCGUCAACGUCUUCCAGGGACACACCGACACGGUGACGUCUGCCGUCUUCACUGUGGGGGACAACGUCGUCUCUGGAAGCGACGACCGGACGGUGAAGGUGUGGGAUCUGAAGAACAUGAGGUCGCCAAUAACGACAAUCCGCACCGACUCGGCUGUCAACAGGAUAAGCGUCUCGGCCAACCAGAGGAUCAUCGCUCUGCCGCACGACAACCGCCAAGUCCGCCUCUUUGACAUGAGUGGAGUGAGGCUGGUCAGACUUCCUCGCAGCAACCGGAUGGGCCACAGGCGGAUGGUGUGCUGCACGGCGUGGAACGAGGAGAACCAGGCGUGCAACCUGUUCACCUGCGGCUUCGACCGGCAGGCCAUCGGCUGGAACAUCAACAUCCCCGCCCUGCUGCAGGAGAAGUGAUCGGACCCAUCCGCACGUUCUAAACCCUGCGGCCUCAGACACACCAACACAGUCGUCCUGCGACCCACAUUUCAAGGGGGUUAAAACUCACCGUUACUGCAGCUGGUGCGCGUGAGGCCGUAAAUCCGACCUUGUCAUCCGGACUCCCUCUAUGUUAGCAUGGACUGUGAUUUGUGCCAAUUUUUGUGUGGAAAUACACGUUUGACCCCGCUGCAUCCUUCACUGUUGUUCAGUUACUGCCAAACCGCUCCUCCUGCAUGCAGAUAACCUCAGUUUGCGAACGUCGCUCCAAAAGCAGGUGGAGAAAUCCUUCACAGUGCAGCACAGUGUGUAUGACGUGUGUGUAUAUGAUGACGUGGCCUGAUUAUGUGACGGAUCCGGCGUCUUAUCCGCCCUGUGGGUCGUUUAGGUCGCACCUGCAGCGUUUCUAAACCAUUUGUCUUAAAGAUGACAGACGCCCCGUCGAUGCUUUUCACAGUUAGCCUUUUACGUCUCUGUUACCCUGUUACUUGCCUUGUCCUUGUUUACAUUGGAUCUUUUUUUUUAUUUAUGUACGGAAACAGAUUUAUUCUGCCGGGAUGAAGAGGCGUUCAAGAGCGAAGCAAUAAUGGGGAAAUGAUCGCACUUAAAUCCCCACAGUAGCCUGUGAAUGGGCCGUUGUUCGCCGUCUCUAGAAAACCCAACAUGUUGCUGCUUUAGCCGUCCACGCUCUGCCUGGUGUGUCGGUGACCUUUACGGUGCAGCUGAGCCGUUUGCUUACAGUCGUCAUGCGUUAACUACUAAAGUAGAGAGACUUUUUCUCUCUGGCUAGAUGUCUGAACGCUCCUCUGGGAGGUGUUGGCAGAGCCUGUUUAGACUGUUUGGUUUUCUUGCACAAACCUUGAGAGAAAUGUAACAUUAGCCUGCUUUAUCCGCCUGUUUGGGAUGAUCGUCCUGUCGGGAUGCUUAGAUUUUGUCACCCGUCUGGACCCAAACCAGAACCUGCUGUGUGAGUUUAACAUCAGUAUGUAAUGAGAGGGUUCUGAACAUGAAAGAUAGCACAAAUUAGGUAGGGGGAUGAACUCUUUAAGGUGGACCCUGCUGAGUUACUGACAGGGAAAUUAUCCCAAACCAGGGGAAGCUGGUUUAUAGGAACCAGAAUCCAUUUUAAAAAUUAAUGAAAUUCUUCAUCUUUGUGCCAGAAAACCAACCAGUUAACGAGUCCUUUAUUGUUUUUAAUAAGGGUGAAAGCUCAUCCAACAGGAAUUAUGCCAGAAUGUUGUUGAGAUGUCAUAUAAAAAACAAAACCUUAGAGAAAAUCUACAGUAAGGUCAGACAGUAGUUUUAGAAAUUCCUUUUACUUUGGACGUAUCUGUUCAUGCUGGAUAAGGAAAAGCAACCGUGGCAGUAGGUAAACUUCCGACUGCCGUUGGCCUCCAUCCUGUUUCCGUCGCCUCACUGGCUGUUUGUUGCUGUAAAUCAUGAGCCCAGAAUGAAGCUACUGGUUACUGUUAGUGUGUGCUUCAGUGACCCCCCGUCUCCCUCUGCAGUGACCCUUAGCUCGGUACAUUGGUACCUUUUUUAUUUUUCUUUCUUUAAAAGAUGGAAGCAAAACUGAGCUUUCACUGUUACUCAUUCUCAGAGUGAGGAUUUUUUUUUUUAAUAGGUGACUGCGUCUUUAAAAGAUGCUAAAUCUGAGUCGUCGUCAGGUUCUGCGCUCGACCCGGUUCUUCCUAAUGCUGUUUGUUACAUGUGCAAUGUGCUGAACUGAAGUUACGCUGUUGUCUUUGACCUCCUCCAGGUGUUUAACUUAUUCCAGUGCUGUAAACCCAAUAAAAGCGCCUGUGUGUAACAUCACUGCUGUUUCCUCCAACAAUAGAAACCAGGAGAUAUUUAAAAGUAGCAUGAGCCUGGACGUGUGGGAAUUUAAUAAUAAUAAAGAAAAGCCUUACUACUGCAUGGAGGACGGAGUCUGAGGAUGGGGGGAGACGCUCCUCCACACCUUCAAUAACUUAUUGUGCUUCACAGCUCAGCAGAUAGGUUUGCUUUUACUGUUUCAUCAGGAGAACUCGUGCCCGGCGGUAUCGGUGUCCCGUUACCCCGCCGUUGGAACGGCGAGUCCGAAGCGCUCGCCUCUUCUGAAUAUAAAGCUGAAGAAAAUCAGAUUUUUGGAUUGAUACAUUAAAUUACAGACUGCAGGAGGAUAAUCUAGGUUUAUAAGGCGGAUCAGCCGUGGCUCACUGUAGUGAAUUUAUAUUCACCUCCAUUAUGUGAUCUACUUUGCAUACUUUAUUGUGAUGGCUUUGUGCUCUCUGACUCUUUCCAAUAAAAAGAUGUGAUUUCCUUUUCCACUCUCA